AUGCUUGACAUCGCCACCAUACUUGGUGCCAUCGGAGUUUCGGAUGCUCUCUCUGAAUGCAGAGAGAGCCCUGAAUACCAAGCUCGUGGUAAUAUCUUCAACUUAGAUGCUGAAGAGGAAUCGACCAUCUCCCAGGAGGACGCUUCCUGCGGCAGUUCAUUGAUGCCGGCUGCUAUAUCCAGCUCCAAAGGCUUCAAGAGAGUUCAAGAUCUGUAUGCUGAAAUGGGAACUAGGGUUUCCAAGGCUUUCGAGGCUGUCCCUAUGCCUGUGGUUGAUCUGACGAUGCCGAUUGAGAUUGCCCAGGAGAAAGCCUCGAAGGGGAAUUAA